UUUAUGUUGCAACGACCUUGGAUGGUACGGAUUUCGAAAAAUUAAAUCAACCUAAUUUUUCAUCGCGCAAUUACUUAUCGUCGCAGUGGCCGACUGGUUAGCGUGUUUGACUACAAGGACGAAAUUUUCGAGUUCGAAACCUCAUCUAGUUAACUUUUUUUUUUCAACUUAUUUUUUUCUUUCCUGUUUAGUAUUUUUUCAUUAAAUAUAUUUCAAUGGCAUGCCUCAAUUACGAAAUGUUUUAUUUUUCAUUUGCACAGGAGCUAAAUGAUCUUCUGUCAUGCUUUGGAUUGACAGACCAAACUAACAUUGGCCGUUCUGCAGCAACUUAUGAUACUGAUACUGAUAUUGAUGAGGUGCAAGAUGUUAGCAUUGAAUCCCGUCUUCAAAGAUAUUACACAGCUACCCCCCUUGCAGAGGAAUACGGUAAUGAAUCAGAAACUCAAGUUAAUGAAGACACUAGUGUAAAUAGUGAAGAUCCACAGUGUGAUAUUAACACUGUGAAAACCAUUUAUGACAGUGGAUGCAAAUGUACAAAAAACUGCUUCAGUAAUUUUACUUUUUCCCAGAUUGAAUCAAACAUUCUUAAUGUAAGGGAAAUGACAAAAAGUGAAAAGGAAAUGCUAAUUAUGGGCACUCUCAAGAGAAUAAUCUCUGAUGCUAGAUGUAAGGGAAAUCGUAAACGUUCACGAUAUGAAUAUGUGUUUGAGGGUGUAACAGUGUGCCAUGAAACAUUUCUAGUGGUGUUUGAUAUUAAAGACAGACAACUGAGAAACAUUAAACAUCACAUGGAAGAACAUGGUGCUCAGCCACGUGUUCACGGCCACAGCGGUAGACGUGCCCCCAACGCAUUUCCUCCUGAAGUAAUUAAGGACGCAGUGCAAUAUAUACUGAGCUACGCAAACGAAGAGGGAUUCCCUCAGCCUGCGGCACCAAGAGGGCGAGAGGACGAGGCCCCAAUUUACUUACCAUCCUCGGACACAAAGCAGUCCGUACACAGUGAGUAUGUAAAACGUUGUAUGGAAGCUGAAAAGAGGUAUGUUGGUUUAACAACAUUUAAAGACAUAUGGAAAAAUUGUUUGCCACAUAUAAAAAUAGCCUCUCCAAAGGAAGAUGUGUGCAAAGUAUGCGAGGACUGUAAGCAGGAUAUCAAGCUUGCCAUGAGCGACAAUGACAAAAUACUUGCAACACAGAAGUACCACAAUCAUGUACUCCAAGCCAGGAAAGAAAGGGAACUAUACGUAGAAUGCGUGGAAAGGUCAACAGCAAUGUUUGUUAACCGGGCACAACAAGACCAGGCUGCGGGAGAUGGAUUUUCGACAGACGACGUACAUUACACGUUCGACUUUAGUCAGUAUGUCAAGUUGCCUCACCAUGCGCAAGAAAAGGGACCCACAUUCUUCAUUCAACCAAGAAGAGUGCAGAUAUUUGGUUUCCGGGCCGAUGGCUAUAAGCAGUACAACUAUCUCAUCGACGAGGACCAAACCAUUGGAAAAGAUGGCCAGAAUGUACACGGACCGGAUUCUGUUAUAUCAAUGAUUGAUCACGCCUUCCACACGUUCGGUACUGGAGAGACGGAAUGUGGUAUUCAUGCUGAUAAUUGUUUCGGUCAGAACAAGAACAGAUAUGUGCUGGCGUACUUAUCAUGGCGCACGAUGACCGGGCGGCACAGAACAAUCAGAUAUAUGAUGCAGUUACCAGGACACACAAGGUGCCUGAUCGACGCCGGGUUUGGUACUAUUAAGAAGUUGUAUCGGCGUUCGAACUGUGACACACUCCAGCACGUGGUAGAUGUUGUACACAAAUCGACACACAGUAAUGUACCGGUUACAUACGACGAGAAUGGGUGGGAGUGGAGAGACUGGAAGAUGUUCCUCGGUGAUAGGUUCAAAAAAGUGCCAAACAUUUCCAAAUAUUAUCACUUCCGCUUCACAUCAAGCGAACCCGGGGUAGUGUACAUGAAGGUAGCCGCAGACGGCACCGAGGAAAUCCGAUUUGUCAUUUGCAAGACGAACUAUUUACGAAUGGACACCUAUGAUCUUCCGUCAGUUAUUAGGCCAGCAGGACUCAGCAAGGAACGUCAGACGUAUCUAUACCGCCACGUCAGGCCGCUGAUGAGACGUCCGUUUCAGGACGUUCUUUGUCCGCCCCCUGCGUCGGACGAUUGA